AUGGCCCUUUCUCGACGUUCGCGAAUAAGGAGUCUUCACUUUGCCCCCCUCAACCUCACCUCAUCCCGUCUCGCCUCGCCUAGCCUCGCCUCCCUCCGCUCCGCGCCGGUUGAGAACUUUUGUUACCCGCCGAGACCCAGCGCGGCUCUCGCCAUGGCGCUGCCUCUUCCGCCGGGCCUCGUUCCUUCAGAGGUCGCCUUCCUCUGCGACAUGGAGCUCGUCACCGUCCUUCCUCGUCAGCGCCUCGAGAGCAUCGACCUUCUCGCCGGCACCACGCCCACGCUCCGACCGCCGCACCGGAGCAACCUGCCUCUCUGGCUCGCCAUCUUGCUCAAGAAGCAGCGCCGCGCCAGCAUCGUCCCGCCACCCUGGCUCCACCCGGACUCGCUGCGGGAAGUCAUCCACCACGAGACCAACGUCGACACGAGGGGGUGGGCUCCUCCGCCGCCCCCGCCCGUCCGCGCCGACGGCAAGGGGAACGCGAGCCGGUACGGUGCCGGCCCCGACCCAGAGGUCGUCCUGUCGCCACCCUUUCUGCCCUCCUGCACCUCCGACGCGCCCGCUGGUGCCCUGCCCUACCAUUGGUUCGAGCUCGCCGAGAUGCUGCUCGCCCACGCCGCCGACGAUGUCCCCUCCGCCUCGGACGUCCGCUCGCUCCUGCGCGACCUGCAAGAGGUCCGCGCCGCCAAGAUGCGGGCGAGCACCCAGCAGCUCGAGACGGGCGUCGACGGCGUCAUGAGCCUGCGAGGCGUCGGCGCCAUGGAGCUGGCCGAGAGCAGGGGCUUCGUCACCGGCGUCGUCGAGGGCGUGCGCAAGAUUGGAGCGAGCGCCGAGGCCGCACGUCGCGAGGAGGAGGAGGAGGGUGGAGGACGGGAUGACGACGACGACGCGCCCAGCGACGACGACAUGGGUCUGUGA